GUAGUAGUACUAGUUGCAUGGCGUGCCCGUGCUUGCGCCUGAGUCGCCGGACUCCGGCGUGUCUCCGUUUGGCUGUUGUACCGGCGCCACCGGUCCGGCACGCCGCCAGCCGGACGCGACCGGGCGGCCGGCGCCCAUCGCCGUGGCGGCCGUCUCUCUCGCGGACCGGCCGGCCGCAAGAUGAGAUCCACACCCUGCCGUGCCGCCAACCAAGCUGCAAAAUCUGAGUGUGCCGUUCGACUAGUCCACGCACGGGACACACGCAACCAAAGCAAGCUUGCUCCGGCGACGCAGGCGAGGGUUCCAUCCGGCCAGGGACACACGCGCGCCCGCCCGCCCGCCUUCAAAACCCGUCUCCACCCUGCUCCGGCGCAUCCCGGCAGCCUUCAAAACCCGUCUCCACCCCGCUCCGGCGCGUCCCGCCCGCCUUCAAAACCCGUCUCCACCCCGCUCCGGCGCAUCCCAUCUCACCUCACCUCACCUCCUCACAGAAAGACAGAGACCUCCCUAUAAAAUCAUCGGUAGAACCCUAGCGCCCCCCACCCUCCUCUCUCCAUUCCGCCUCCGCCGCCACCCUCCAAAACCCCACCUCGCCCGCCACCAGAUCCCGCCGCCACCACCACCCACCAUGGCUACACCCACACCCUUCAAGUUCUUCGCGUCCGACGACCGUCAGGUGGGGCACCUGCUCGCCGCCGUCGAUGCGGCGGCGUCCCGGUGCACGGCGGCGGCGCAGCGCCUCGAGGCCGCGGCGACCAACGAGGCCAAGCUGAAGGGGAAGGGGGAGGCGGCCGAUGCCGACGCGGCGCGCGCCACCAAGCUCGCCGCCGAGCAGCUCGCCUCCGCCGCCGAGGAGGUCGCCGUCGCCAAGAAGACGCUCGCCGUCGUGACUCACGCGGUCGCCAAGGCCGCCCUGGCAGACGCAUCUUCAGCCACCAAUGCGCUCGUGGAUCUGCUCGAGAAGGACGGCCACACCCCCGCCCAAGUCGCCGCCGCCACUGCAACCGCAGCUAAGGUCCUUCUCGCCAUCGCCGACAAGCAGGCGCUGGCCUCUGCCGCUCGCGCCGAUGCGGUCUCCGCUGCCAACUUCGCCAAGGCUGCCACCUCCUUCGCAGCGUCCCCGACAGACUUCUACGUCUUUUCCUGGGAGUGCGUUGAGCCAUCCAACAUCAACCAGCAAGAAGGUCCAGCUCCUAGCAAGGAGAGAAGAGAUGGGAGAAACAGCUACUUGGAGGCGCUCAUUGGGGGCAGCGGUGGGGGAGGUCCGAGGGGGCAGAUCAUUGCAGUGGCAGCUCGCCUCGUCAACAGGGAAAUGGCCAAACAUGGCCAAGUUAUGUCGAUCAACAAUAUUGCAGAAAUCUUGAGGUCGCCGAUUGAUGUCGGGUCACCUCAACUCAAGGCCAUAUUGCCCCAUCUCGUUACCAUUGCUCCUCAGCUCCCCAUCCCCGAGCAGCUCCUUCCCGAGCUGCUUCUGCCCUCGCAGCUGCCAGCCAUACCUCAAGUCUUGCUUCCGCCGGCCUUCCAGGCAGCUUCCGAGGUCGCCAAGGAGGUCCAGCCGACGGUGAAACGGGGUGGGUGGAAGGACAUCAACGUGGGAAACGCAAUCGUGACUACUGCAAUCGGAUGGUGCGUCGGCAUGGGGCUGGAUGCGGCCUACGAGGAGGUCAAAGACUACCGCCCUGAUUUCUCCAAGCUGGGACAGUUCUCACUGGACGAGACCCCCGAGCCUCAGGCUAGUGGUAAGAACUUUGAGUAGACUUGCGUCUCAAGCAUGUGGGAAGUAAUAGAAACAGUAGACGUCUAUGAUCAUUUUGCUUUCUUCCGUACCUCCUGCGGGUGUGGUUCUUGAAGUCGGCAGAACUGCUAAUGGAGCUUUUGUGAUGUUGAUGCUAUUGCCUGAUGAAGCACUAGGCGUUUAUGAUCAUUUUGCUUUCUUCUGUGUCUCCUGACCUGCGGGUGUGGAUCUUAAAAUGGGCAGAACUGCUAAUUAAAGCUUCCGUGCUGUUGAUGUUGGCAUA